GAGAAACUGCCCCUCACGUCACCACACCCCUUUGUUGUUCCUCAUCAUACCAGGUAUAGGGUACAAGAAACAACAUAGAGAAACUGCCCCUCACGUCACCACACCCCUUUGUUGUUCCUCAUCAUACCAGGUAUAGGGUACAAGAAACAACAUAGAGAAACUGCCCCUCACGUCACCACACCCCUUUGUUGUUCCUCAUCAUACCAGGUAUAGGCUACAAGAAAGAACAUAGAGAAACUGCCCCUCACGUCACCACACCCCUUUGUUGUUCCUCAUCAUACCAGGUAUAGGCUACAAGAAACAACAUAGAGAAACUGCCCCUCACGUCACCACACCCCUUUGUUGUUCCUCAUCAUACCAGGUAACCCAGGUAUCAUCGAGUACUACGAGGAGUUCAUGAGGACGCUGUACCACCUGAGUCGGGCCCCAGUCUGGGGCAUUGCCCAUGCUGGACAUGUAUCAGUUCAAAAUCACACAUCAAGUUUAACUGAUCUAGUUCAACUGCCCCCAGAUGAAUUCAGCCUUCAAGGUCAGAUUCGUCACAAGGUCGCAUUUGUGAAACAGAAUGUGCCAGAGCAUGUGAAGGUCGUCAUGAUAGGUCAUUCCAUAGGCUGUUACAUUAUUCUCAAGAUGAUGGACUCUCUUCGCAGACACCAUGUCUUACGAUGUUUCAUGCUUUUCCCUACAAUCGAGCGCAUGGCCGUGUCACCACGUGGGCUGUAUGCCACGCCGUUUCUGCGCUACUUCCGCUGGAUGGGAGUGUUGGUGUCUAAGUUCCUCUCCUACUUCUCCCCUCACAUGCAGUACAGACUCAUCCUCCGCUUCUUCAAGAACAGGAAAGCUCCGGAAUGUGCCCUCAAUGCUUCCAUGAACCUGUUUGACCCAUCUUGUGUAAAUAAUUUCACCUUCAUGGCUAUGCAAGAAAUGGAUGAAGUCAACAAACUGCCCAAAGAACUUGUCAAGAAAUAUUUAUCCAAAUUAAGCUUUUACUAUGGCUCUAAUGACCAUUGGUGUCCCAAAGAAUAUUUUUACCAGAUGAAGAAGAGAUUUCCGCACGCUGAUCUCCAGUUGUGUGAGCAUGGUUACUCGCAUGCGUUUGUACUUGAUGCCAGUGUAGAGAUUGCUCACACUGUGUGGGACUGGUUACAAGGAGACUUGCACAAACUCAACGAUUGAGGGUGUGACCACAAACAAUGACACCUUUGUACAUUUCUCAUAGACAGUGCAGUAGAAUAACAUGACAGGAAUUGUGUGUGUUCAUGAGUUUAUGCAUAUAUUUUUUCUUCAGAUGUUUAUGUCUACCUCCUGUUCAACAGAUUCAGCUUUUGCUGUCAAAACUAAAGAAUGGAAGCUGAGCAUGUUUGGAACCAAUGAAGACUGGCGAUGUGUCAUUCUUGUGGCGUAAUCAUUCUCCUGGUCAAGAUAAUUUAUGAUUGAAUUCCUCAAUAUUCACAUUAAUCAAGGUAGGAAAAAUUGGUGUUCCCACUUUAAUCUGUGAAGCUUAGUUAAUGAUUAAAGAAGACAAAUGUGUGACAUUCAGCACAAAAAUGCAACUUCAGCCGAGCCCAUUCUGUUCUCAGCAAACAGUGGUCAGUGGGUGUGGCCUAAUUUCUGUUUGUCCUCAAAUUCAAUGCCACAGAAGUCCUGCCAACAUAUUUCUUGUUGAAUGAACUGCUAUUUUCAGACUUA